AUGGAUGGGUCUGAUGAUGAGCAGGUACCUAAGCAAGUAGAGUUUAAUGCUAAGAGUGACAUGAGAAAUGUUGUACUGAAGAAGGAGAUGAAGUUCCCUAAUGCAAAGGUGUUCAGAGCUACUUUGAGGGAGUAUGCAAUCAAAAAACCUAUUGACAUCAAAUUCAAGCUUAAUGAGAGGACCAAGAUAUCAGUUCACUGCAAGAAUGGGUGUGGGUGGAGAUGUUAUGCAUCUCAAAUAAGUGGAGAGCUAAUAUUUCAAAUUAAGACCUUGACUGAUGACUGUACUUGCCCCAAGUCUUUUAAAAACAGCCAAGCAACAUCAGCUUAUGUUGCUAAGAGGUUCAUUGAGGAUUUUAGCAAAAAUCCAAAUUGGGAGGUGAGUGGUGUACACAACCAUGUGAUGCAAAAUUUAUUUGUUGACCUAAGUGUAAACCAAGUGUAUAGGUCAAAGAGAAAGGCAAAGGAUUUGAUAAAUGGAGAUGAGCAACUGCAAUAUGGUGUCCUUAGGGACUAUGCACAAAUGAUAACCACUGUAGACAAGGGGAGUAGGGUUAUAUUGCAGACAGAAAUGGCUGAGGAAACUUCCCAGCCAAAAUUUAAGAGUAUGUAUGUUAGAUUCAAUGCUCAGAAGGUAGGAUUUUUAGGUGGAUGCAGGCCAUUUAUAGGUUUAGAUGGUUGUCACAUAAAGCACAGAUUUGGUGGGCAAAUCUUAUCUGCCACUGCCAAGGAUGCAAAUGACAACAUUUUUCCAGUAGCCAUGGCUGUUGUGGAACAAGAAACCAGGGAGUCUUGGAUAUGGUUUUUGGAAAUUUUUGCUGAUGAUAUAGGGAGGCCAGAGGAGCUUCAGUUGGUUUUCAUUUCUGAUAGGCAAAAGGGGUUUAUACCUGCAAUAGAGACACUAUUCCCUACCGUGGAGCAUAGAUACUGUGUGAAACACAUCUACAACAAUUUCAAAGUUGAUCAAAAGGGAUUGGAGCUGAAGGAUGCAUUGUGGAGGUGUGCUGCUGCCACAACAGUAAGGGAGUUUGAGAGAUGCAUGCAGUGCAUAAGGGAUUUGGAUGAAAAGGCAUAUGAGUAUCUUGCAAACAUUGCACCUGCACAGUGGAUAAGGUCACAUUUCACUCCUAGGGCCUUAACAGAUUGUUUGGUAAAUAAUUUGAGUGAGUCUUUUAAUGCAAUGAUAUUGAAGUCUAAGGACAAGCCUAUCUUGGCAAUGUUGGAGUGGAUUAGGGUUAGACUUAUGACUAGGCUUUACACAAAAAGAGAAGGGAUACAGAAGUAUGCUGGAAAGUUGUGUCCAAGCAUACAAGAUAGGUUGGAAAAAUUGAAGGUUGAAAGUAAGCCAUUUAGUGCUACCCCAGCUGGCAGUUUCCUUUAUGAGGUAGGCAGUUAUUAUGAGAGACAUGUAGUUGAUUUGGUGAAGAAGACAUGUAAUUGUAGGUCUUGGGAUUUAAAUGGCAUUCCCUGCAAACAUGCCAUAACAGCCAUUUAUACAAACAUUGAGACACCAGAAGACUAUACCCACCCAUGCUACUUCAAAGAAACUUACAUGGAGAUAUACAAGGAGGCAAGGGGAGGGGUGCCUGCACCUAGAUCUGCACCUCAGCCACCAUCCCAGCAGCCUACCCAGACCUACAACAUGAUGUUUGCCACUCAGCCUUCAUCCUCACAGCAAGGAAAUCAACCUAGGCCAUCUCACAGAAGAGCAGGAUGGUUCUCUUCCUCACAACCAGAGUUUCACACACCUAGGGAGACCUGGGAUACCUUACCAAGUUCUUCACAGCCUUCACAUGCAAAUGGAAGCAUUGGUGGUGUGAGGACUAGAGGACAGCUUGCUGCACAAAGGCCACCAAAAAUGAAUCCAGUGGGUGAAAAGAGGAAAGAGUAA